AGAGGGAGGAGAUAACCGGGGCUCGCCGCGAGCCUUCGAGAGCAGCGGCCGCGGAGGAGGCGGCGGCGGCGGCGGGCGAGAGCGGCGGUGGCACAGGCUCGGAGCCAGCCCGGCGCGCGUUGCUGGGCGCCCUGCGCGGCAGAGAGCUCGGCGGGCCGCGGAAUCCACGGGACAGAAGUGGACAAAGCAAGAUGGCAGGGAUCUUAGCCUGGUUCUGGAACGAGAGAUUUUGGCUCCCGCACAAUGUCACCUGGGCGGACCUGAAGAACACGGAGGAAGCCACCUUCCCACAAGCCGAAGACCUCUAUCUGGCUUUCCCCGUGGCCUUCUGCAUCUUCAUGGUGCGGCUCAUCUUCGAGAGAUUUGUAGCCAAACCAUGUGCCAUAGCCCUCAACAUUCAGGCCAGUGGACCACAAAUUGCUCAGCCCAAUGCCAUUCUGGAAAAGGUCUUCACCGCAAUUACCAAGCAUCCUGAUGAAAAGAGAUUGGAAGGCCUCUCCAAGCAGCUGGACUGGGACGUUCGGAGCAUUCAGCACUGGUUUCGACAGAGGCGCAAUCAGGAGAAGCCCAGCACCCUGACGAGGUUCUGUGAGAGCAUGUGGAGAUUUUCAUUUUCCCUCUACGUGUUUACCUAUGGAGUGCGAUUCCUGAAAAAGUCUCCCUGGUUGUGGAAUACAAGGCACUGCUGGUACAACUACCCAUAUCAGCCACUCACAACUGACCUUCACUACUAUUAUAUCCUGGAGCUGUCACUUUACUGGUCUUUAAUGUUUUCCCAGUUCAUUGAUAUCAAAAGAAAGGACUUUGGUGUUAUGUUCCUACACCACUUUGUAAGUAUUUCCUUGCUUUCCUUUUCAUAUGUCAACAAUAUGGCCCGAGUGGGGACCCUGAUCCUUUGUCUUCACGAUUCAGCCGAUGCUUUUCUAGAGGCUGCCAAAAUGGCAAAUUACGCCAAGUUUCAGAAAAUGUGUGACCUCCUGUUUGUCAUGUUUGCCAUGGUUUUUAUCACCACAAGACUGGCUAUAUUUCCCAUCUGGGUGUUAAAUACCACGUUAUUUGAAAGCUGGGAGAUCAUUGGACCUUUCCCUUCCUGGUGGGUUUUUAACCUGCUGCUGAUGCUAGUACAAGGGAUGAACUGCUUCUGGUCUUACUUGAUCAUAAAAAUAGCCUGCAAAGCUGUUUCAAGAGGCAAGGUGUCCAAGGAUGACCGAAGUGAUAUUGAGUCCAGCUCAGAUGAGGAGGACUCAGAGCCUCCAGGGAAGAACCCCCACACUGCGACAACCACCAAUGGCACCAGUGGUACCAACGGUUAUCUCCUGACUGGCCCCUGCUCUGUGGAUGAUUGAUUCCCCCAAACGACAAGUCCCGAACAAAGUGAACUGUUUGUUCCUGGAAGUAUUUAAUAAAUUGCCAAUGCAGUUGCUUUCAUAAUAUCUCAGCACCCGAAACAAAAUCAAAGCAUUUUGAAUAGUGCACUGCCAUGUGUCCUGUCUGUGAAUGAAGAAGAAUUACCAUUCUAUGUAGGCAUGCUGUAUGUAACUGACACAAGGGAACAGUAUUUGCAUUUGUACUGUCUUAGCAUAUUAUUUAUUUUUUGUAUUUGUUUGUAAAUCUAUGGACAACAGAGAGUUUCCUCACUCCUUUUCCUCUCUGGGUUCGUGACAGUGAAGGAGAUGCUUCAUCUGCGUCUGGCCCUUUCUCUUGCUGUGGUCCCAUGUGCCGUGCCUGAGCAUCAGCUUAAUUUGUCACUUAGUAUAAGCAAAGCCCAGUGCAGAAUUCUCGCACAGCUCUGAAUAGGUUUGCUUUCUUUGUGUCCCUGUGCCCAUUUUGAAAUGGCCUGUGUAGUUCCAGCGACUGUUUAAAAAGGAUGAGCUAGGUUUCUAAUUGUCAUUCUUCAUGGUCAAUUAGCAGUUCAAAUUAAAGACGACGGUCAUUGGAG